UCGGGUUAACACGCUUGCGAAUCGUAAUCGCUGCUCAGUUAAGUAAAAAGCGGCUAAAAAACGCGAAAAGUUCCAAAUUUAACGAAAAAGUUUAAGGCCAAAGUCUUGACUUGACUGCCUAAAGUUUUCGUUUGUAACCAAUUAGUUUCGCGUUAAAGGAUACACAAGAACAACAAACAUGUUGAAAUUUAUACUGCCCGUAUUUGUGGUGAUUGCAUCAUGUCUUGGCAGUCCGGUGAGCCAAACUCGUCGGUUUCCCAGCGACUUUCUCUGGGGCGUUGGAUCAUCUUCUUACCAGAUCGAGGGAGGCUGGAACGCGGAUGACAAGGGGGAAUCGAUCUGGGACUUUCUCACCCACACACAUCCCGAGAAAAUAGCCGAUCAAUCAAAUGGUGAUAUCUCAGCGGACAGCUAUCAUCAGUGGAAACGAGAUGUGCAAAUGGUAAAAGAGCUGCAUGCGAGCACGUACCGCUUCUCAUUAUCCUGGCCCCGGAUAAUGCCCGGUGGCUAUAUGAAUCACGUCAGCACGGCGGGCAUUAAGUACUACUCAAACCUGAUCGACGAACUGCUCCGGUACAAUAUCACACCGAUGGUGACGAUCUAUCACUGGGAACUGCCGCAAAGGCUGCAAGAGCUGGGUGGUUGGACCAAUCCGGAGAUUAUACCGCUGUUCAAGGACUACGCUCGCUUGGUGAUGGAAAUGUACGGCGAUCGGGUGAAGAUCUGGACCACCAUCAAUGAGCCGUGGCAUGUGUGUGAGCACGGUUACGGAGUGGACUACAUGGCACCGUCUUACAAUUACCCCGGCAUUCCCGCCUACCUCUGUGGCCACAAUCUGCUAAAGGCCCACGCUGAGGUGGUGCACAUGUAUCGGGAACUCUUUCAACCACGACAAGGUGGACGCAUUGGCAUCACCCUUGACACAUCCUGGCCGGAGCCCAAGGAUCACAAUUCCGCCGAGGACCGCGAGGCCUCCGAGCGAGCCAUGCAGUUCUAUGUGGGCUGGUUCGGUCAUCCCAUCUUCUCCAAGCACGGCAACUACCCCAAAGUGAUGAUCGAUCGGAUUAGGAGCCUGAGCAAGGAGCAAGGCUUUGGGUCCAGAUCCAGACUGCCUGAAUUCACCCAUGAGGAAAUCCUUCGCAUCCGCGGCACCUCUGAUUUCUUCGGCAUUAACUCAUACACCAGUAAUCUGGUCAUCUCGAAUGGUCACAAUAAUACCGGCAAGUUCCCAGUGCCGUCCUUCAACCAUGAUAUGGGUGUGGUCGAGAGCCAGGAAGGCGUCGACUGGCCCGGUUCCGGAUCAGUUUGGCUUAAGGUCUAUCCCAAGGGAAUGUACAAUCUGUUGAUGUGGAUACACCGCGAAUACAAUGCACCCGAGAUAAUGGUCACGGAGAAUGGAGUUAGUGAUCGUGGAGGUCUGGAGGACUACGCCCGUGUGGAUUACUACAAUCACUACCUCUCCGCGGUGCUGGAUGCCAUGGAGGAUGGUGCGAAUAUCAGUGGCUACUUUGCCUGGAGUCUGAUGGACAGUUAUGAGUGGAAGGCCGGCUUCUCGGAGAAGUUUGGACUCUACCACGUGGACUUCAAUUCCCCGGAACGCACGCGAACUCCUAAGAUUUCGGCACGAGUCUUUGCCAACAUCUGUAAGACCAACACCAUCGAUUGGAGCUACAGACCCAAGCUCGAUGAGGAACAGCAACUAGUGGCCAUGGCUCAGUUGCCGGCAGAGAAUCCAGUGGCCAGGACAAGUGGUGCUAGUGGAGCUAUCAGUUGGAGUCUGACGGCCCUUCUUCUCCUGGCUCUCGUGAGAUGAGCAAAAAGAUGAGAGAAGGACCCUUGCCAUAUUCAAAUUCUCGAUGCUAAGCGUUAAUUGCUACUCGUAGCCUUAAUUUUGUGUUAUAUAUAAUGCAUAAAUGUUAUAAUUUGUACUUAAGGAUUAAGACUCGAAACUGAAUAAAACUAUUUGUGAUACUUUAA